AUGACACGUUCUGGAAGAUGCUACAUUCCAGAAGAACUAACUCAAGAGAUAAGAAGAAAUGAGAACCAGAAAAGGUCGAUCACAGAGGGUGAGGCUGAAGAGUUUUGGCGAAGAAUGCAGCCUAAGGAGUAUUCCAUUGUCAAGCAUUUGGAGAAGACUCCAGCUCAAAUCUCUGUUUGGGCUCUAUUAAUGAGUUCUGAGUACCAUCGAAAAGCAUUGUUGAAGGUACUUGAUAAAGCGUAUGUACCGACUGGAACAAGUGGUGAGAAUCUGGCCACCAUGGUAAGUCAUGUCAUUGGGAGUCAUCAAAUCUCUUUCCGAGAAGAGGAGUUGCCACUCGAAGGGGUUAUGCACAACCGUGCCUUGUAUAUCACUGUCAAAUGCAGGGACAAGUUUGUAGCUCGAGUAUUGAUUGAUAAUGGGUCAGGGCUCAAUAUUUGCCCAUUAUCAACCCUGACUCAGCUAAAAUAUGAUGUAGGAAAAAUCCGUCAAAGCCGCAUGAAUGUAAGGGCGUUUGAUGGUUCGCAAAGAGAGACCAUAGGGGAAGUAGACUUGUGUAUCCAAAUGGGGCCUGCAGAAUUUGUCACUGAAUUCCAGGUAAUGGGUAUAUCUACAAGUUACAACUUAUUGCUAGGAAGACCAUGGAUCCAUGCUGUUGGAGCAGUUCCAUCCACAUUGCAUCAACUUUUGAAGUUCAUCUGGGAGGACCAUGAAAUUGUCAUUCAUGGUGAAGGGAGUGACCGUAGGUACCCUGGUUUCUCCAUUCCAGUUAUUGAAGAGUCUUCUCAGAAAACUGACUUUCACAUGGUGGAGUUAAUGAAUGCUACUUUUGAAGAUACGACAUUGCAAGUACCAAUGCCGCAAGUGUAUAAAAUGCUAGCCACAACUAUGCUGAGAAGUGUUUUUGAACCUGGGCAGGAAGAAUUAUUUGAAGCAGAAACAAGGAAGAAACAUGACUGUGAUAUACCGAAGCCUAUUCCAGUAUUGUACCAGUCAUUUGUUGCUAAAACUUUAGAGCCUGAGAUUGAUGGUCUAGUGGAAGGGAUGAGAAGAUUGUUUGAUGAAGAAGAUUGUGCUGUGAUCUCGGCAGAAUGCACAAUAACACCCACUAUCCGAGAUGCCGGACCUGGAGAGAUGCUGCAGAAUUGGAUGGCCACUCCACUUAUGAUCCAUCGAAUGACUUGGUAG